GCAUGGAAGAAACGCUGGUUCGUCCUGCGCAGUGGUCGGAUGAGUGGCGACCCCGACGUCCUGGAGUACUACAAAAAUGACCACUCCAAGAAGCCUUUGCGUGUGAUCAACCUCAAUUUCUGCGAGCAAGUGGACGCGGGCCUGACCUUCAACAAGAAGGAGCUGCAAGACAGCUACAUCUUUGACAUCAAGACCAGCGACAGGACAUUCUACCUGGUGGCUGAGACCGAGGACGACAUGAACAAGUGGGUUCGCAGCAUCUGCCAGAUCUGUGGCUUCAACCAGUCCGAGGAGAACACAGAUACCCUGAGGAGCAUCGCUUCUAUGAACCAUGCUCCACGGUCCUCCCCAGCAGAGCUCAGCGGUGCCAGCCACCACCUGCUGCGAGAGCGCAAGUCCUCAGCGCCGUCCCACUCCAGCCAACCCACCCUGUUCACCUUUGACUCCCCGGCCAGUCACCUCCAGAGCACCCUGUCCGCCAGUGCCCCCCAGGACUACCUUUUCCUCCACCAGUGUAUGAGCAGAAAGUCGGAAAACGCAAGAAGUGCCAGCUUCUCCCAAGCCACGAGGUCUGCCUUCUUCAUGCGGAGCGACACAGCGGUCCAGAAGCUCUCGCAGGGCAAUGGGCACUGCGUCAAUGGGGUUGGCGGGCAGCUCCAUGGCUUUUACAGCCUGCCAAAACCCAGCCGGCACAACUCGGAGUUCAGGGACAGUGCAUACGACCUCCCACGCGCCUUUGGUUCCUACACCCACCCCAAGUCAAGCCUCACCAGCUCCGAAACAGAUAACGAGGAGGUCUACACCUACAAGACUCCCAACAACACCCUAUGCAAGGAGUUUGGAGAGCUCUCCACAGACUCCUAUGACAUCCCUGGCACCCCGCUUUCUGUCUACCAGAUCCCCAGGACAUUUACACUGGACAAGAACCACAACGCUCUGGCCCUGGCCGCCAGCGACUCACCCACUGCGCCACCUCCGCGGCCCCCAAAGCCCGGGCAAACAGAGCCGCGGUGGGGCAGCCCGCCCCAACGGCCCCAACCUGGUGAAAGCUUGGGGUUGACCACCAUGGCAGCCACCAUUCCCCGGAGAAACACGCUUCCAGCAGUGGAGAACAGCAGGCUGCACCGAGCUUCUUCUUGUGAGACGUACGAAUACCCCCAGCACGGGGGCGGCAGCGCUGUGCAGUCAGUCGAGUCGAUGAACGACGGGUACAACUCCUACCUGCAAGCCAAGGCAGCGGUGGCCCGCUCCCACAGCACUGACUCCGAGGACAACUACGUCCCCAUGAACCCCGGUUCUUCACCCCUGAUCCACACAGAGAAAGCCAACGACAAUGCCCAAAAUCUCUACAUCCCCAUGAGCCCUGGGCCGCAUCACUUUGACCUGGUGGGGUUGUCCUCAGCCACCCUCCCUGUGCAUAAAGGAGGAGCCAUGGCACAGUGCCACAGACGGUUGAGUGAAAUCCAGCCCCCACCAGUCAACCGCAACCUCAAACCUGACCGGAAAGCAAAGCCAUCGCCGCUGGACCUGAGGAACAACACUGUCAUCGAUGAGCUUCCCUUCAAAUCGCCAGUCACAAAAUCCUGGUCCAGGCCAACCCAGAGCUUCAACGCCGGCUCUUUGCAAUACUGUCGCCCUGUCUCCUCCCAGAGCAUCACCAGCACUGACUCGGGAGACAGCGAGGAGAACUACGUGGCGAUGCAAAACCCCAUUUCUGCUUCUCCUGUUCCUAGUGGCACCAACAGCCCAGCGCCUAAAAAGAGUUCAGGGAGUGUGGAUUAUCUGGCCCUGGACUUCCAGCCGAGCUCACCGGGGCCACACAGAAAGCCCUCCACCUCAUCGGUCGCUUCGGACGAGAAGGUUGAUUAUGUGCAAGUGGACAAGGAGAAGACGCAGGCGCUGCAGAGCACCAUGCAGGAGUGGACUGAUGUGCGGCAGUCCUCGGAGCCCACCAAGAGCACGAAGCAGUAGCGCUUGGGGCAGGCGGCGAAACAGGCAAAUGUCUCGGUGGUUUUCCCCCUCUGGGGCACUGCCGGGCUGCCGGCUCCACUUGGGCUGGGCUUCUAAGACUUGUCUGCGGAGGGGAGGGGGUCUUCAUUAUUAUUUUUUUUUUCUUUUAUGGCAAAAAGAAACUUAAUUUCAGGGGAAGACUUGGCGGAUACUGUUUGCCAGUGAUAAAGACCAACUAUGUUCGGUGGCUAGGUUUGUGCUUUAGCUGCUGGAUGCGCUAUCCAGGAGCUUCGACUUAGCAAUACCAGGUUUCACCCUACACAUCUUUUGCUUACAGCUAUUAAAGCCACCUUGUAUGUGCUAACACUGCAUCAUCUCUCCCCGUCUUCUUCCAUACCGUACCCCCAAACUGUUGCCAUGCAGAUUCACAGCAUCUCUCAUAGGACGUCAUUCCCCAGCUCUUAUUCCCCACUCCUUAUGGUUGCCCUCUUCUCUGCCUCCUCCCAGUCCCAAAACU